UAUAUUAUCUUAUUUGUAGUUUAGACAUCAAAGUACUAUAGAUUGAGCAUUAAUUUAGGGACGAUCGUCAACAACUGAAAGUUUUCGUUAAUAUUAAAGUGUAAUAGUUUUCGUAUUUGUUAAUUAAACAUUGUUAUAAAUAUGUUAUGAUCUAAUUGAUAGAUAUGAAAGAUAGAAAGAUGAGUUUCCCGAUACUGGUUUUAUUCCUGAUAAUUAAUUCGGGAAUGGUUCUUGGCGAAAUAACCAUAGAGACAAUCAAUUCGAAGGUAAACAUAUCAGGUCAGAAUCCCUACCUUUUGAAAAUGGACGAAAAUAAUAAUUCCUUCGAAAACAAAACGCAAUUGUUCAAAAUUAAAUACGACGAUGAUGAAAGUUGUACGACGUUAAAAGUGGAUUUUAUCGAACCCGCAACUUUCGAAAAUGAAAUUAAAGAUUGUGUAUUUUCUUCGUUACAAUCAUUCGAUUACGAAAAUUCCAACCAAAGAUCGUAUUUAUUUCAAAUAAUAUCAACGAAAAACGAAAACGAUAAAAUUGAUAUUCGUCUUAAAAUACAAAAUAUCGACGACGAACCACCUGUCGUAGGUUCGUUCAAAUGCGAAUUCGACGAAGAAACAGAUUACGACGUAUCGAGUACGAAUUGUGUAUCUACAGUAACAGAUCCUGAUGGGUGGUUGAAUGAAAUCAAAUUUCACGUCAUCCCCGGAACGAGCGGUAAUGAAAACGAAGACGAAAUAUUCAGUUUAGAGUUUCGUGAAACACCAGGGGACUUAUACAGUUCUCCGGUAUAUAUGUACCCAAAGGAGAAAUUGAAAUAUAAUCAAACUAAUUUUUAUAUAUUUUCCGUUACUGCUGAGGAUGGUGCCGGUCAUAUAUCAGAAGAAAACAGCGCCAUCAUCAACGUGAAUGAUUUAAGAAACACUUACCCAGUAUGGACUCUAUUAACCAAAUUCAAAGAAUUCCAAGAAGAACAAUCGCAAAGUUUCGAAGUCAAAGCUAUUGAUGGCGAUACUGGAAUCAAUGAAGACAUUUGCUACUAUAAAGUAAAAGAAGAUCUAUCUAAAGACUAUAUAUCCGUUGAUGAAAUUAGCGGUCGAGUAGAUGUUAAACCCAUCGAUAGAGAUGAAUACGAUCUAACUUUCUACAAAUGGGAAAUCGAGGCUUGCGUCUGCAAUUUAAACGGAUCGUGGUGUACAACUGACGAAGUGACUUUCGUUAUCGACGAUAUAGAUGAUAAUCCGCCGCAAAUAAUAAAAAACAUUUACAAGAACGGAUCGGAAGAAGUGUUCGAUCAGGACGAAGAGAAAAUCAUACAACUUUAUUAUCUUGAAAAUUACAGCGGUAGCUAUAAUUUUUCCACAACCAUAACUGAUAUUGAUACGGGAAUUAACGCGCAAUUCAAAGUUAAUCUUGAAAAAUACGGCGAGGAAAAAGAUAUCGAUUAUACAGAAGCUUAUAUGGUAGUACCAGGAGUUGGUUAUAGAACUGGAACAUUCCAAAUUAGCGUUAAAAAUAACGAGUAUCUAGAUUUCGAAGACGACGUUUGGAAAACCCACAAAUAUUACGUGGUGUCGAGAGGCGAUCAAAAUCCUGAGGAAAUGAACGAUAAAAUUCUGAUUAGCGUUAAUUUGAUAGAUUACAACGACGAGUAUCCCAUUUUCGAAGAAUCUUCAUAUUUUAAUAGCAUCAAUGAAACUGUACCACAAGGUUAUCACGUUAUCACAACGAGCGCUUCGGAUCGUGAUGCUGAAGAUACGACUCUCAAAAUGAAUAUAGUGGGAAGUUACGCUGAAGAAAGGCUAGAGAUCGAUUCUAAUGGGGUGAUUACGGUGAAAAAAGAUGGAUCUUUCGAUUACGACAUCUUAAAAUCUAUUUACUUUCAAGUUACCGCAACAGAUAAUGCCGAUCAUGUCACGUCAGUGCCGGUCACCAUCUAUAUUCUAGAUGUUAACAAUAAAGCUCCAGUCAUAGAUCCGGUGAUGCGUUUAUCCGUUGAAGAGAAUCAAAAAAACGGGGUUGCUUUAAACGUAACUAUAACAGCAUCGGACGUCGAUACUACAGCAAAUCUAAAAUCUUAUAUCAAUUGGGACGAAACUAAAGUUACGAAAACAAACAGUUAUAUCGAUAUUACCGACGAAAUAAGAGAAGCGAUGAAUUUCUUAAAAGUGGAAAGUACGCAAACGAAGAACGGUACAGGUUUGGAAAUCAAAUUGGUGGUAGCGAAUAAUAACGAGGAUAAUCCAAAUAAACCCGAUUUCGAAUUGUUCGAUACUCUAUAUCUAGCAAUAACAGUUGAAGAUCUUAACACUGAUCCAGAUUUCGAAGACCAACGGACAACUACAAGUACUAUACUUAUCAGUAUAACUGAUAUCAAUGACAAUCCACCUUCAUUUCCCGAUUCCAAUAACGUCGACCGAUCGGCAAUAGAAGCUGCAUCUAUAGGAGCCUCGGUGGGUUUCAUUAAAGCUAUUGACCUGGAUACAGUCAAUUCUGUUCUAUAUUAUUAUUGCACUGCUGAAGAGGAAAAAUAUGAUUGGGUUGAAGUGAACGAAACGUCGGGCGCACUAACCGUUAAAAACGAAGGAAUCGACGCAGAUAUACCGUUAUAUAAUUUUUCUUACAAAUGUUGGGCUUAUGAUGGAUUAUAUUUUUCCGAACCGUUAGAGGUACUAAUACAAGUAGUAGACACCAAUAGUAAAAAUCCAGUGAUAUCGGAAAUCGGUGUUUUAGAUGUUGAAGAAAAAUCCCCCCCAGAUACAAACGUAUCUUAUAUAUACACUUCAGAUAAAGAUAGAGAUGCCCCUUUCCAUACGGUAACGUGUAAAUUUCAAACUACCGAUGGUAAUAUCGAUACAACAUUGUGCGCUCAAAAUUUUUAUUUCACCGAAGACAACACUAUAAUGGUGACUAACGGAGGUGAUUCUUUAAAUAGAGAUAAAGGACCUGCCAAUUAUAGUUGCAGCAUCGAAUGUAUAGACAAUCAGUACAAUGAAAGAUCGCAAGGGAUAAGGAGAGAUACGAAAUCAUUUAUUAUUAUGUUAAAUGAUGUAAACGACAACGAACCAAAAUUAGUAACGAACGACUUAAGUUGUUCGGAAAAUUUAGACAAGAAUGAAAAUAUCGGUGAAAUUUGGGGUAAAGAUAUAGACGCCGGUAAAAACGCGGAAAUCGAUUUUACUAUUUUGAGUGUUAUUAACAAUGAAAACGGUAAAGAUUACAAAGAUUUAUUCGAAAUUGUCGAAGAGGAUGAUUAUGUUUUCAAUGCUACAAUCAAGCGAGUCCAUCUUGUCGCUACAGAUAACCUCAAAAAUCAUUAUGGAAAAUACGAAAUGCAAAUAAAUUUGAAAGAUAGAGGAGUAGAGCCUCUAGAGUCAAAUGGAACUAUCCAAUUAACUAUAAAUAAGUUCAACUACAAGUCUCCAGAAAUCAAAUUCCCAGUUGAUAAUGAAGUGUACAGGCUAUUUUCGUCGCAAACUCCUGGUGAGCCGCUGCGGAUGUUCAAGAGCGAAUCAAAUCUAUCGAACUUCCAAGCAACCGAUGGCGUAUCUGAAACAUGUUCGAAAUGGGAUGUUCGGUUUACUUUGGAUCAAAAUGAUGCUGAUAUUUUUCUGUUAACGCAAGGAGACAUCAAAUGCCAAAGCCAAUUGCAGAUAAAUGAUGAUUUCAGUUCAAAAGUUGUCUUACAAAACCGUUACCCGUUAACCAUCACGGCAUCUGUCAAAGAAGGUACGCAAGAAAAAGAUGAAGCUCCAUAUUCCAGCUCCGUUUCCAUAACAGUAAUUUUCUACGAUAACCAAUUUACACCGUCUUUCCCAGAAAAUAAAACUUGGAAACUUGAUUUAGUGGAGGCGAAUACGACACAAGUCGAGGAACUACCCUAUCCCGCUUAUUACGAUAUCGACGAUACGGGGUUACAAAUUUAUUAUUAUCUCGUUGGCGACGGUUAUAUAAAAAGUAUAAUUGACAUCGACGAACAUACCGGUACAUUAUCAGUUAUCGAAAAAUUUUAUUACGACGAUAAUCAAACUUUUCAAUUCCAAAUAUUGGCAUCCAACGACAGUACCAUUAGACCGUGUGAGGAUUCCACGUGCCUCGACGUACAAAUUACAGUUCUAAGUUCAAAUCGCAGAUAUCCAACAUGGAAAAAAUCUCCUUAUUUCGGAGCCGUUAUGCCCGAUUUUCUACCAAAUUCUUUAGUACUCACCGCACAGGCUCACGAUGAUGAUUACAUCGAUCAAGGCAAUUUAAUUUGCAAAAUAAUUAGCGACUUCGAAAGGGAUGGCGUCGGUAUAGAUAAUAUAGAUGAACCUUUCUAUUUAGAAUCCAGCAACGACGCGGGAAAAAUAUAUUUAAACUUCCGCGUGGAGACGUCUAUGAGUGGUUCAUUCAAAUUUAACAUUAGCGUCGAAGACCACCAAGAUCCAUGGCUACAAGGACCUCACAAGAGUGAAGCCAAUGUUACGAUUUUCAUAAUAACAUCAGAAAAUACAGUAGAUUUUAGAUUUUUAAAUGAAAAAACUGAAGUAUACGAUAGAGAAGUCGAAAUGUUGCAAAUAAUAACAGAAGUGAUUGGGUAUCAAGCUUAUACACAAACUAUAGAUGUUGAUCAAUCGGUUAGUGGUAUAACGGUUGCCCGUUUAUAUUUUAUUAAAAAUAACAACGAUUCUUUCACUUUGAUUAAUAGAGAAACUAUUUUGGGUAUUGUCGGAAAUGUUAAUAUUUAUGCUACUUUAUCGUCGAGGCUAAGAAAAGAACAACAACUUAUAUUAACGAAUUUCGAAUCGACUAACACGAAAACUAGUAAUACUGAGGCGGUUUUGAGAGCAUGGUUAACGGGAGUAGCAGUUAUUUUGGGUACUUUAGUACUCAUUCUAACGAUUACGUUAAUUUUGAAAAUUAGACAAUUAAAUCGAAGAAUUUCAAAAUUAACUACUAAAAAAUUCGGUUCUCAAGAUUCGGGAUUAAACAGAUUAGGAGUUACUGCACCUACGACUAAUAAACACACCAUAGAAGGUUCAAAUCCAGUUUAUAAAAAAGAAAACCUUAAAAAUAUGUCUGAUCUAGAUACUCGUAGUGUUAGGAGCGGCGAUUCCGAAUUGAUCGGCGUCGAGGAAAAUCCAGAAUUUGAUUACAAUUUCAAUUCACCAGAUAAAACGACGUAUUUGUGAAAACUGUUAUCAAAAUUAUCAAUAUGUGUUUAAUCAUCAAUUGGUACAUGAUUAAAUGAACAUUAUUCUUGUAAA